UAUCGAAACUGGUUUUCUCGAUAGUCGAUAGCAACAUAAAGCAACUCUAGCUGCCGGCCACGUACGAUUUGCGUCGAUUUACAAUUAUUUAUUAAAGUUCUUAAACAUGGAUACCGUCUCCUUUGACAACAUGAAACGCUACGUUUCGCCCAUCAAUCCGGCGGUAUUCCCCCACCUCGCCACCGUGCUCCUCACCAUCGGGACAUUCUUCACGGCCUGGUUUUUCAUCUUUGUCGUCUCCCGCAAGACCACCAAGGAGAAGACUCUGAUCAAGGAACUGCUCAUAAGCUUGUGUGCCUCGAUAUUCCUCGGCUUUGGCAUUGUGUUCCUUCUACUCACCGUCGGUAUUUACGUAUGAAAAUAAGGCAAUAACCAUUCCAUUAUAGAAAUAAACUAGAAGACCUGUCGUGGGCGUGAACGUA